AUGAACCAGGAACGACUCACUGAAACUGCUCAAAAUGAGCGCGAUGAAGACAGUCGUUCAGUUGUGUCCGUCAUAUACAAGAAUCAACUCAAACAACUGCUUCGGGCCUUAAACAAGCUCCCCACGGAUUUUCCUUCUAUCUACCUUGACGCAUCAGGUAUCGUGAAUGACACCUUAGAUGAUCUUCAACUGUUCUUGCCGACUACCAACACUCUUUAUCUUAUCGAUCUGAGACGACUUGGCGAUACUGCAUUCAUAACCGUUGGCCACAGCGAAAUAUCUCUUCGUCUGAUUCUUGAGUCAAGGGGCAUUCCAAAAGCCGGGUUCGAUAUUCGCGAUUUGUAG